AUGGCACCCAACCCCGCCAGCACCUCGGUAAGCUUCCAGCUUACCUUUACAGCGGGGCCCGCGCAAGUCGGUACCGACCGCCUGUGGAGCGGCCUGCGCUGCAAUACUGCGACCAUCGUGGGUGGCCCGGCGACGAACGGGCUUGUGCUCCUUCAGAUUGACAGCGCCGUACUGGCUAGCAUUCAGACAAACAAGUGGUAUGGAGUCGUAGUUGAGGUUACGCACGUCCAGUCGGCUAUUUUACCGGCUGGUGUCGUAAAUCGCUUCGCGGGGGUUUUGGUGAAUACUUUCAAAACCACUGCCAGGAGCGAGGUUAGAUCCAGUCAGGCCAGGCGUGUAUGGAGUAUCCUUACGGCCCGCUUGCGUUUGCCGGCCCUUAAUCCGUAUGUGAAACCGUCUGUAAAUGAGGGCAGCUAUCCUACUGACGGCAGCGCACUCCUUGUCUUGCCGUUUGGGGAGCCAUUCACCAGCGGGCCGUACCGAAAGAUCAGUGCCUAUCUAGCUUGUAACGACAUGAAUGACAUACGAGUUGGGGAGAUUGAGCUCGCGUAUGAUCCCAGCACCCCGUCCGCCUAUUGUCAGCUCGUCAGCGACGCCGGCAGCCUGAGCAUUCCACUUUAUCUGUUCGGUGCGAAAGUAAGCGGCACAAACUCUCAGUACAGCCCGACCGUGUGGAUAAACGGCACACUUACUGCUGCGGCACUUCGACCCGGCCAAGAUAUGCGUACUUUCCCUGCUCAUGUACGUGCAUUUAUCAGUGCAACGCAGCAGCAUGCACGGCAAUCAGUCGAGACUGACAACAUGUUGCUGGCCUGGGAGCAGCGCGAAUGGCCUGGGAGCGUCACGACCUUGCCGCAGGACGGCACGCAUGCCCGUGCCGUCCUGUCUCCCAAUCCCAGCGUUAGCAGCAUUGUCAACGACCGCAGAGUGCUUCCGCUUAUAAUGACGGUCAGCCAGCGACAGUACCCCGUGUGCAGCGACAGCCCGGAAGUGUUGCGCCAGCUUCCUGGUUUCGAUACCUUCUUCGCGGACUUGCCGUACGAUGAUGCUGAAAUCCGAGCCGCGUUUUGCGCGUCGCGGCCGUUCAGCAUCGUCGGCGCAGCUACUACUACUACCAUUGGGCGCACCACUUUCGUAACCGCUUUUCAGCAAUAG